GACAAGGAUAAUUUUUAUUGUCAAGAGGUAAAACAUCGCAAUUCAUGUCUUUCAAGUGUUGGAGUUGACGCAGUCUCUCAUGCUGAGUAUGCAUCUGCUUUCAUUAAAUUAAUCCUAGUGGGUUCAAUAUGGGGAGUCACAAACCCCCUGAUCAAGAUUGGGUCGAAAGGACUAGAUAGAGUCUCAAAGAAAUCAAGCAGAAGAACAUGGAUACUUAAUACUCUUCUUGAAUUUAAAUUUUUGCUGCUGAAUUGGAAGUAUAUGCUCCCAUUUUUAAUAAAUCAAACUGGAUCGGUUCUGUACUAUUUUGCACUUCAAGAUUCAGAUCUAUCUUUGGCUGUGCCCAUUGCCAAUUCUGUAACAUUCAUCAGCACAGCUUUAACUGGAUGGCUGAUAGGUGAAGAAACCCCCGAUUCAAGAACUUGUCUUGGAAUGCUGUUCAUACUUGGAGGAAUAUCUUGUUACAUUUUAGACAAACUGUAGCUUAGUCUUAAACAUCUGAAGCACUGAUCAAUAUGGUUACAGAUUGUCACACUGGCAGUUGGUGCCUCUUGAAUGUAGGUUUUGAGAACAACUUCAUGCUGCACUAACCAGUGUCAUUUAAUGCCACAAAAUGAAAAUUAUUUCGUCACAUGAUAUAUUUCUUGGUAUGAGCCACGAAUUCUAAUUUAAAAGUAAGAAUGAUUUUUUCUAGCCUGUGAUAACACUUCCAGAUCAUCUUCCAAUUCUAUCAAUGUAUUGACUAGACACAGACAUUUAAAAAAUGAUAAAAUAUAUUUAUAUAAAAAACAGCGUAAAUCAACAACUUAUAAAAGUGUAAAACAAUGUAAGGAGUAAUUUAAACAUUGAUUGCAAUACUUAUUGGAGUCUAUGAGGUAUAAUAAUAAUACAGUAUCAGACCUUGAUUCAUCGGAUUUCACAGGACCGGAGGCCGAAUCCGUUAAAUCGCGGAAUCCGUUAAAUCGCGAUCCGAUAAUUCGAGGUCUUACUGUAAUUAAAUGCUCUGGUGCUAGUAUCACAAAAACUUGCUUACACUGUAUUUAUUCUUGUGUUAAUCUUGAUAAAAAUCACAGUAAUAAAUGAACUACAGAUAGUUGUUCCCUAAGCUUAAAUGGCAA